AUGCGGUCCAGCUGCUCCCUGCUAUUCUGCCUACUGCUUGUGUCCCAUGGGUCCUCAGCAGUCAUCACAGGGGCCUGUGUGAAGGACUUGCAGUGUGGAGAGGGGAUGUGCUGUGCGGUCAGUCUGUGGAUCAGGAGCCUGAGGAUGUGUGCCCCUAUAGGACAGAAGGGAGACGAGUGCCACCCCAUGAGUAACAAGGUUCCCUUCAUUGGCACAAGACUACAUCACACAUGUCCAUGUGUGCCAAAUUUGGCAUGCAUCACCACAUCAGAGGGCAAAUCAAAAUGUCUUUCACCGUACAACUACUCAGACUACUACCUCUGA